GGGCCGGUCCAUGGCCGUAGAGAGUGGGGACACGCUCUGGAGAUAUGCCGUCUGCCUUAACCCCGGCGGGCUUUCACUAAUCAAGACCGACCCUUGAUUAAUCACUUGUUCGCAGCUGAGUCUGCAAAGGCCCACUUGUUGGAAGACGCUCGAUGUUUUUAAUGACUCCACGAUCCUGGCAGGGUGCUUUCUGAGUCUCCUAUCCCUGUAUCUCCAGCUGUUUCAAUUUCGUCUGGGGUAUAUAGACCUCUCCCCGUUUCACGUAUUGCCCCUCCCAGGCUACUGAACUGCGCUCUUGUUCUUCCCAAUCGCCUCAAUAGCAUCAUAAUAUUUAGCGUUUGUGGUGCGCCUGCGUGAGCGCUGCCACCGAAUAUGAGCGACGCACACCAUACUUCUGGUGCCGCAGCAUCAGACCACCACCUCGACAAAACCCACGGGGCGCCUCUGCAAUCCUCCGACUCGACCCUCAGAUCAGAAUCAGUCGCUGCAUCAGGCGACCCGGAAAAAGGCAUCGAAAACCUCACCGAUAAGGACCUCGAGCAAGAUGGAUACGAUAUCGAGGCUGGCAUGCCUGAGCCAGAGGUAGAAAAGAUUGCCGAGAAACAAAGGGACCCGAAUCUGGUGGAUUGGGAUGGUCCAAACGACCCAGAGAACCCGCAGAACUUGCCUCGUUGGAGGAAGUGGUUGAUUACCAUGUCGCUCUCCUUCAUGACCAUGUGGAUCACAUUCGCCAGCAGUGUCUUCUCGACUGCAACGAUCGUGACCGCCGAAGAAUUUGGCGUUUCAACCGAGGUCAUGGUUUUGGCAACCAGUCUGGUGGUGUUUGGAUUCGCAGUCGGCCCGCUGUUCUGGUCACCCUUGUCGGAGCUUUAUGGGCGCAGGAUACCGUUGUUCUCCGGCUACGCUGUCUUCGCCAUCUUCCAGAUUCCUGUUGCCGUGGCGCAUAACGUGGAAACCAUCUUGGUCUGCCGAUUCUUGAUCGGUAUCUUUGGCUGUUCGCCACUUGCUGUCGUUGGUGGUGCCAUGGCGGACUUUUGGGACCCUGUUGAUCGCGCGGUAGCUAUUGCGGCUUUCGCCAGCGCCACCUUCGUCGGGCCCGUGCUUGGCCCUAUUGUCGGAGGAUACCUCACACAAUCGUACCUUGGCUGGCGGUGGACGGCUUGGAUUACCUUGAUCGCCUCAGCAUCAUUUGGCUUCUUGGCCUUCUGCAUUGUUCCAGAAACCUAUGCACCCGUCAUCCUUCAAAGGCGCGCAGCACGCCUUCGCAAGGAGACGGGCAACUCGGCGCUGCACUCACUCCUGGAUAACCACCGGCCCACUAUGAACGAAAUUGUUACCAAGUACCUCCUGCGACCGGUCAUGAUGCUUUUCCUUGAACCAAUCCUGCUGGCGGUCACCCUCUACUUGGCGCUGGUGUACGGCAUUCUCUAUCUGUUCUUCGAAGCCUACCCCGUCUCCUUUGAGGAAGUGCGCGGGUGGACCAACGAGGGUAUCGCUGGACUGCCGUUCAUUGGUAUCUUGGUCGGGGUAUUCUGUGGUGUUGCGUUGAUCAUCUGGCAGACGAAGACGCGAUUCGCCCAAAAGCUAGCCAAGCAUGGCCGUGUGGUGCCAGAGGAGCGCCUGGUCCCCAUGAUGGUUGCGUCCGUCAUGUUGCCUGCCGGCCUCUUUUGGUUCGGCUGGACCUCGCAUCCCAGCACCCCCUGGGGAGCUCAGGUUGUCGCUGGCAUUCCCAUUGGCAUGGGCAUCCUGGUGAUUUUCAUGCAGGGUCUCAACUACAUCAUUGACGUGUACCUGAUGUUCGCCAACUCCGCCAUUGCUGCCAACACCUUGGUCCGGAGUAGCCUGGGUGGCGCCUUCCCACUCUUUGCCACGCAGAUGUACAAUAGGCUGGGCGUGGACUGGGCAUCCAGUCUUCUCGGAUUCAUCACCGUCGCCAUGAUUCCCAUCCCGGUCCUCUUCUUCUUCUACGGCAAGAAGCUUCGGGCCAUGAGCAAGUUCAGCCCCAAACUGUAACUUGAGUCAAGCUCGAAAGCGGAACGCGAGUGAAAAGCGCCUUACCAUUUUCAUAGAGUUCUCUUUUGGACGAUGCUCGUCUGAAAUUCUCACGCAUCAGCAUGGCGUUUUGACGGUCAUAUAUUCGAACGAUUAAUGUUUAUUGAAUGGAGUAUAAAGGGACGAGACUACAUGAAUGUGAGAUAGAUGGUGGCUGCAUUGGCAUCUGCAUGUAUUUUCAUCAAAAAUAGAUAUAAUCUUUGCCAU